AUGUCAACGACUACAAUUUUCCUUCCAUUAGAAUAUUCAUGGUCGAUACCCAAUCGACAUUAUGUGCUUUUAUUGUGAGGACGCAAAACACACCGACAUUCUUUCCAACAAAAACUUUUUUCUCGUCAGUCAAUUAAAAUGAAGGUCUCAAUUGCAACAUCAACCAAAAUGGGACGAACUUAUAUUCUUGACGUUGAACCAUCAACAACAGUGGCACAAUUGAAGACAAAAUUUCUACAAGAAGUAAACGAUCUACUAGACACACAACAAACGUAUUUUGUAUUCGAUGGCGAAAUACUUCAAGAUGAAAAUGAUACAUUAGAAAGUUACGGUAUCGAAGACGACGCUUUAUUGCAUGCUUUUUCUGGGAAUGGCGUUAAAAAACGUGCUAUGGCUAGUUUGGGAAUCAAAUUUCUUGAUGUAAGUGAUGAUAAAAGUAUAAAAAUAGUACAAUGGUCGAGAACAGGUCCACAAUGGCAACGUACUCGACAUGGCUUAUGUCUUCAAGGUAUAUGCACCAAUGUAAAUUGUCAAGCCGCUCAGCAGCAUGUCAUAAUGCCAAUUGGUUAUAAGAAAUUUGACAUGGUUACUGAUCCCGAUGAAACAACAACAAAAUGUCCUAUGUGUGGAAGAUUUGUUGCACCUAAAUCCUGUGGUUUUAAUAAUUGUUGGUGGAGAUUUCAAGGAAAAAAACAAAUCGAUGAUAAUAAAGCACCAGUCAGUUGCGAAUCGGAAUGGCAACAGGCAGGUGAUGCUUAUCAUUAUUUUGAUGAUAAGACUACUGGAACGGUUACAUGGAGAAAACUUACUAUUGAGGCAACAAAGAAAAAGACACUAUAG